GUUCGGUCUCAUUCGCGGAACGAAAGGCGAAAUUGUACCUCUGUCGGUUGAAAUAAGUCCUACGAAAUAAUGGGCUUGACUGUGAAUUUUGUGCUGGGUUUUUUGCUAUUCUCUUGGCCACACUUUCCCUUGGUCGUGUCUCCAUCAGCCUUUUUCGCAAUGUCAAACAUUUCGUUAUGCUCAUUUGAUGAAACCUCUCCGAGAAAUGCGUUCAUGCGUGAAAUCGCAUUUGGAUUGAAAAUACCGGCAUAUCACAUUGAUUGCAAUGCUAGUUUCAUUCAAAAUGGCGGCGAUUCGAUUUCAGCCAUCGAAGUUGUGGCUUCAUGUCGCUCGCGCGGCAUAAACAUCACCGUCUCUAUGAUCAUGAGCUCCGGCUCCAUUAGAGAUCUUAUACAUGUUCUGGACUACAACUGCAAAACAUUGAAUUCUCACCCACAAAAGAUUGUCGACCCUAACCGCUACAUGAAAGGCAACCCGGCUAUGCAUCUGGCCACUCAGAGCAAUUUGUUCGAUAAUGCCAUAUCCCCUCCAAAAUCGCAACAUUCCCAAGCCACUGAUACGCAACUAUCACUUAUCUAUGGUAGUAAUGCCAUCGACGGCCGUAAUAUCAUACGGUAUUGUGAGGCUUACGACACAAAACAUAUUCCGCAAGUAGAACAUGCCUGGAGCGUCAUAUUAUCCGCAGAGCCAAUCUUCCGGACACGGUUCGAGGUCAUCGAGGAGAAAUAUUGUCUGGUUGAAGGAGAAAUAGCUCCUUUUACUUGGGAAGAAGAGACCGUCUUUGACCGUGAGACGUACGUAACGGCUCCGGGGCAGCUUGAAUGCGGCACUAAUUUUAUCGGGGUCAAGUUCAAAGUUAUCCAUCUGGAACAGGCUGAAGAACCCCGGGAGAGUACGGUCAUUUGGAUCAUUUAUCAUGCAUUGGUGGAUGGCUACUCCAGCAUGUUGCUUCUGAACAAACACAGGAAGCUCCUUGGUGGAGGCAAAAUAGAACCUGGUCCUUCCUACACACAAUUCGUGGGCCAGAUUGCUAAGCUUCAAGAUACAUGGCAACCCGGCGGCCAAGACUUUUGGAUUGCAGAGGAAAUGAAACUGGACCAAGCGAGAAGUCAAUUACAAGUGGCAUCGCCCGGAACGCCAUCAAACCCACACUAUGCAUGUCAAACCUGGAAAUUAGAGGUGUCACAAGACGACUUAUCAAGCUUAGCGAAACGGAGUGGGUUUACUGUGGCAUCAAUAUUCUAUGCUGCAUGGGCACUGACACUAAGAAGAUAUGUGGAUUCGGACCAUGUGUCAUUCGGGCUUAUCCUGUCAGGCCGCAGCCUACCAUUGCCAAACGCAAUGAGCGUGAUAGGCCCAUUAAUCAACACCGUUCCUUUUCAAGUCUCUUUGGACUCUUCCCAGACGCAUUGGUUGAAGCUUGAUGAGCUCCAAUGGACCCUCCCGAGAGACAGAAUCGACAAAGCAUUUGCAACGACGCUUAAUAUCCAGUUUGAGACCCCCUUGCUGGAGGAAAAUCCUUUAGGGUUGGUUGGGUACCCAAAUUUGUUAUGUGAUGGCCAUGUUCGGAUACUAUAUCACGAGCACGAGUUCUCCUCAAAAGACAUAGAGCGACUAGGAACCAUGUUCGCCAAAGCUACUAGAGUCCUCACCGAGCAGCACUUGACCGUCGGGCAAUGUUGUAAUGAGUUAGUCGCAGAAGAUAUCAGUCAACUCUGGCAGAAUGGAAAUUGCUCUUCAACAUACACAUCACCAGGAUUCUGGCAUGAGAGUCUGGUAGAUCUAUUCGAUCAGACAGCUAGAACCCAUCCUAGCGUCACGGCUAUCGAGAAGGGUUCUAACAAAUUAACUUUCCUAGAACUAAGUGACAGGGUGGAAUUGGUAGCUCGGUUCUUGACUCGCUAUGUCGAACCUGGAGGGAUCGUCUGCAUUCACGCCGACCAUAGCAUCAAUUGGGUAAUCGCUAUAUAUGGCAUCUUGAAGGCUGGAGGUGUUUACUGUUCUCUUGACGCUGCGCUGCCUAGCCACUUGAGGGCUCAGAACUUUUACCAAUCUGGUAGUGGUAUCUUCCUGUGUGGUGGCACGACAGAGAAAGCCUACAAACCUGACUCAUGUGGUCUUUGCUUCUCGAUAGACGACAUUUUGCUUCCUGAGAAUAACAUGAGUCCCAGUAAUACAGAAAAGCUCCUCCCAAAAACCAACCCAGACGACGGAGCAUAUUUGUGUUUCACUUCAGGAUCCACGGGGGUACCGAAAGGUAUUCUGUGUUCACAUCAAAAUCUUGUUGCAUUUCAAAAAGACUUCGAUGUACGUUUGAGAUCGAGACCUGGCUGGCGUGUCGGUCAAAUAAUGUCCCCAGCAUUCGACGGCAGCAUCCAUGAGAUUUUCUCCGCCUUGAGUUACGGGUCAACACUAGUGCUUCGAAGUUCUAGCGAUCCAUUUGCCCAUCUCGCAACUGUCGAUGCUACCAUUCUUACCCCCUCAAUAGCCAGAAUACUAGAACCUGGAAACUUUCCAUGUCUUAAGGUCCUUUAUUUGGUUGGAGAAGCGGUUCCACAGGCAGUCUGCGACAAAUGGGCUGCUAGUGUCACGACAUAUAACAUGUACGGACCGACGGAGGCCACAUGCGGAGCGACUAUUAAGCGCCUAGAAUGCGGGAAACCAGUGACGUUAGGGAACCCAAACCCAUCUACACGGAUCUAUGUCCUCAAUAGUUUGCAAGAGCUUGUACCUCCUGGUGUUAUAGGAGAGAUAUAUCUUGCUGGUGUGCAAGUGUCACUUGGUUACCUAAACAACGCCGAAGAAAAUGCUAAGCGCUUUCUGGAAGAUCUUGUGCACAGAGACUCCCGGGAAAGAAAGUAUAGGACGGGGGACCGAGGCUAUUGGGACGAAAACGGAGAGAUGCGCUUUUGUGGGAGAAAUGAUAGGCAGGUUAAAUUGCGGGGAUUUCGCAUCGAUCUGGACGAUAUCGAGGUGCGGAUUCGCGAUUGUAUCCCAGGAUGCACUGAUGUUGCCGUCAUUCAUAAUCAAGGCGACCUCCUGGUACUGCUGCAGCCGAAAAGUUUGGAGCUUACAAAUACCAGAAGGCUAUUAUCACUUUCUCUACCAGGCUAUGCAGUGCCUCGACAUAUAGCUGCUGUCCAGGAGUUCCCACGAACCAAUGCUGGAAAACUAGACUACAAAGCCAUCAAGGAGUUCAUGAUUCCAGAGUCUAAUCUGAUCCCCCAUAACUACAAUGUCCGACUUUUGGAAAUAGCCACCCAGGUCUGGAAAGAAGUGCUCGGGCACGAAAGCAUGGAAUUUCAUAUGAACUCCAAUUUCUUUGAGCUAGGUGGACAUUCCCUCCUCCAAAUUGAGGUAGCGAACAAGCUCUCUCGUCUGUUAGAAUAUAGCAUCCCUCUCAUCUCUAUCAUACAAUCCCCGACGCUUGGUGAGUUGGUUGAGAGAUUGGAACAUGUAUCCACCCCGGUUAGGGAUACCUCCCAACGAUACUAUAAGAUCCCCUCUGUCAGCCCCAUCGAGGAGAGCUGGUACAGGAAGUAUCACUUCAACGGUGGAUCUUCGUCCUUCAACGUGGCCAUUUACUUCGACCUCGGCCCAGACGUCGACACUGAUAAGCUUACAAGCGCAUGGAACUAUGUCCUUGGACGUCAUAACAUUUCACGAUGUCGUUAUCAACUUCGAUCAGAUGGGACUUUGGAGAAGGUUUUUUUGAGUGAUUCACCCAAAGUACUAAGAGCUGAUGAGGUCGACGUACGAAUAGAGGUGAAUCGACCAUUCGAGCUGGCCCGUGGCCAUUUAAUUCGUAUUACAUUAACUCCUCACGCUCUUCUCAUCGUCGCCAGCCACAUAAUAUGCGACUACACUUCAUUGAACACUUUGCUUCGGAAAGUUGGUUCUAGGUAUUUUAAUCCAGAGCAUGAUGACCUGACAUCUCCCAUCGGCUAUAUAAAUUCGCUGACACAGGCUCAUCCUACAGAUGUGGAUUUCUGGCGAGAGUACCUGUGUGACUUACCAAAGCCAGACUAUAUUAUCGGAGACUGGAGGCCGAGGCUUUCGUACAGUGGUACAUCGCGCACAUGUCAGAUCCCGGCAGACCUUUUUCUUGGGCUACACCAAUUCGUUUCUUCUAGAAGAAUGACACCACAUCAGAUAUGCUUAGCAGCCGUUUCACUGGCCUUGCAACAUCACUCUGACACAAUUGAUCUGACUCUAGGGGCACCGCACCUAGGCAGGGACGGAACCGAAGCGCAAACCGCUAUAGGAUUAUUUCUACAGCCUCUUGUCAUCCGGAUUCGAUAUCCGCCUCCUGUAUCAGCUGAGGCCGACACCGAUUUUCUCCGUGUAGUCCAGAAAUCGAGUCAGAAUGCACUGGCUCACGCCAUUCCAUGGGAUUCCCUGUUGAGGGCUCUGAGUAUGCGAGAAGAGUUACCGGAUACAGACCUCUUCGACGUAAUGGUGUCCUAUCACGGGGGUUUUGGAGGGAUUUCGAUGCCAGGCAUGGAUGCAAAACCACGCUACACUUGGACAGAGGGUGCGAAAUUCAAGCUCAUGGUUGAGUUUAUUGUGGCCAAUGAGGAGGCUCUCCUGAUGCGGCUAGAGUAUAGCGACGAGUGCUUUAAUGACAAGGAUAUGAGCCUUGUGGAGCGGUUGAUAGUGGGGGCGUUGGAAAUGGUUGUGCAGGGCUCAUCAUUUGAGGCUAUCAAAAGGUCGCUUUCAAGUAUCAGCAUCGUAGAUGAAGAUGAGGUUGCUUUUGAGCCGGAAGAUUUCUAUGGUGUAAGAUUAGACAAGUUUUGA